CACAUGCUCCAAAACCCUUGAUCACUCUCCUAUAGUGUCGCUCACUUGUGUUUCCAAUUCUCGAGCUUACUUACGCAGGCUAAUUUAGUAGCUAGGUACUUUGAUAUGAACAUGUUGUCUAGGAAGACUAGUCAAGACUCUCAUGGCCAAGACUCUUCUUACUUUCUAGGAUGGCAAGAGUACGAGAAGAAUCGUUAUCACCCCAUUCAAAAUCCAAUGGGAAUCAUUCAGAUGGGACUUGCAGAGAAUCAGCUUUCAUUUGACCUUCUUAAAUCAUGGCUUCGAAGAAAUCCUGACAUAGUGGGGUUGAAGAAAAAUGGGGUUUCCAUAUUUAAAGAGCUUGCUUUGUUCCAGGAUUAUCAUGGGUUACCUGCUUUAAAAAAUGAACUGGUGGAGUUUAUGGAAAAAAUAAGAGGAAACGAAAUGAAAUUUGCUCCGGAGAAGCUGGUCCUCACAGCCGGCGCAACUCCGGCGAAUGAGAUUCUGAUGUUUUGUCUUGCUGAUCCAGGGGAGGCUUUCAUUCUUCCCACGCCCUAUUAUCCUGGAUUUGAUAGGGACCUGAAAUGGAGAACUGGGGUUGAGAUUGUUCCGAUGCAUUGCUCAAGCUCCAAUGGGUUCAGAAUCACUUCCUCUGCUUUAGAACGAGCCUAUAAACAAGCACAAAAAAUGAAUCUCAAUGUUAAAGGUGUUCUAGUAACCAACCCUUCAAACCCACUAGGCGUGACAAUGACCAAAACAGAGCUUAACUACCUAGUCAAUUUUGCAAUUGACAAAAACAUUCACAUAAUAAGCGACGAAAUCUAUUCAGGGACAGUCUUUGCCCCACCUAAAUUUGUAAGCAUCAUGGAAGUUGUGAACGAGAGAAUUAGUGAUAACAACAUUUGGAAUCGAAUUCACAUUGUUUAUAGUCUUUCCAAAGACCUUGGCAUACCAGGGUUUCGAGUGGGGAUGAUUUACUCCAAUAACGAAAAGGUUGUGUCUGCUGCUACAAAAAUGUCAAGCUUUGGAUUGGUAUCCUCACAAACUCAGUAUUUGGUUGCGAACUUACUCAUGGACAAAAAAUUCACUUUCAAGUACAUGGAAGAGACUCAGAGGAGACUGAAGAGACGCAAGGAAAUGCUUGUGUCUGGACUCAGGAAUGCGGGGAUUCUUUGCUUGAAAAGCAAUGCUGGUUUGUUCUGUUGGGUGGACAUGAGACAUCUAUUAAGCUCUGCCACUUUUGAGGCAGAAAAGGAGCUUUGGAUUAAGAUUCUAUGCCAUGCUGGGUUGAACAUAUCUCCUGGGUCUUCAUGCCAUUGUUGUGAACCCGGGUGGUUCAGGGUGUGCUUUGCCAACAUGUCUGAGGACACAUUGAAAAUUGCAAUGGAACGGAUGAAGACCUUUACAGAUUCAACCAACUCUGCUGUCAAGGGCAGUAAUAACAGUUAUUAGCGAUAUGUGAGUGAAAGAGUCCAUUAUUGAUGUAGUUUUCUUCUGUCCAUUUCAAUAGCAGAAGCAUAGAAUGUAUACAUACUAUAAGGAUAAUGAUUUCCUAGAGUUAUUGUAAGA